CACAAUUUGCACUGUCAAUGGAGAACCAAGGACGUAAACAAAACAUCUGAAAAAUAUUAUUUAUUUCAAUUAUAAAAAUUAACAACAAACUACCAAAAUGAAGGGGAAAUGCAGGAUUUGCUUGCUGAAAUACCAAAACAUGGUCCAGAUAUUUGAGACUGACAAUGCACAGGAUCUUGAAAUUUCCAUAGCGGAUAUGAUUUCGGAAUCCACCGGCUUUCCAGUUGGCAAAGGGGACUUUCUCCCAGAAUACAUUUGUCGCCUUUGCCUGCGGGAUAUGCAAAGUUCAUUUAGAGCUAGGAACACCUACGUUCCCAACCAGCAGUUUAUCUGCCAAGUCAAGGAGGAAAUCAUAGAGGAGGAGGAGGAUUACAAUGAACAGGAGGGCGAGGAAAACUAUGACCAGGAACCCGAACCCUUUGUUUGCCACGUGAAGAACGAGCCUUUGGAAGAAGACUUUGUACAGGAUGAUGUCUACAAGGCACCAGACAUCCAAAUGGAGCAAUACAAUGGCCCAGUCAAUGAAACAACCAUAGGAGAAGUUAAUGAUGAAGGCCCAAUCAAACAAGAACUCCCGUUUAAAUGCACCCUUUGUCCCGAAAGAUUUCGGACCAAAUACUUUCUGGAUAUUCACAAAAACGAACACAUGACGGAACAAGUGUUCCCUUGUGACCACUGCACCAAGACCUUCCGUUCUGCAAGACAAAUCAGGAACCACAUGCUGGUUCACACUGGAAAACGGGCCUAUAAGUGCCCCCAAUGUCCCAAAUCCUUUCUCAAUAGCUCCAAUCUGCAAUCCCACCUCCGUAUUCACACCGGGGAGAGACCGUACAAUUGCUCCAAGUGUUUCAAAACUUUCAUACAAAAAUCUCAUCUCGUCAAUCACGAGCGCACUCACACCGGCGAGCGUCCAUUCAAGUGCUCCAAAUGUGACAGAAGCUUCAUACAACCGGCUAAUCUUCAGUCGCACAUCAAGAGUCAUUGUAAGACGUCCACGAGACCACAGAGAAUUACCAGAACCCGCAGUCAAGCUCAACCAGAAAAGGCAGUUUUCAAUUGCACCCAUUGCUCGGAGUUCUUUGACAACCAGGAUGCUCUGAUAGAUCAUAUGCACACCCACAAUGCUUUGUUCGAGGAAGAAGUCAAAUGCCAAAUGUCAGACAACGAAAUUGAUCCAUUCAAUGACAUCGAAGUGGAUAUAUUCGAAGGCAAUGAGAAAGAUAUUGAACUAGAUGACACCGAAGAGGAUGUUUCUGAAGAGAAUGAUAAAGAUUUUAAUCCACACGAUACUGAUGACGACUUGGGAGACAGCAAACGUGUUCAAAUGUUUAAAUGUCCUCUUUGCCCGAAGGUUUGCCGGCGCAGAAAUGAUUUCAAGGUCCACCAACGAAAUCAUUUUGAGCAACAGUGUCCCUACUGCUCGAAGGUUUUCAAUCUCGUCUCGAAUUUUAAAAGGCAUAUGCGGAUUCAUACGAAGGAGAAAACGCUUACGUGCGCCUAUUGCCCGAAAACCUUUAGAAUUCCGGCGCAGCUCAGGGAACACACUCGAACGCACACCGGAGAACGUCCUUUUCAGUGCCCCGAAUGCCUGCAGUCCUUUACCUAUAAUUCCGUUCUUAAAAAACAUAUGCGAACUCAUACUGGUGAAAGACCCUACAGGUGCAACGAAUGCAAAAAGUCCUAUUUACAAUUGGAUCAUCUUAAACUUCACAUCCAAAGACACAACAAGGAGGAAAUUCCAAUUAAAAAGAAAACUAAAGAGUACAAGUGUAGCGAUUGCGAGAAAAUUUAUAGAACUUCAAGAUCACUUAGAAGACACAUGCUGAUUCACGAUCGAAAGAAGGAAUUCAAUUGCACCGAUUGCUCAGAAAGCGACUAUCUCGCUAAGCACAUCGCUAGACGGCAUGAGAAAAAGAAGAAAGAUUCGGAACUUAUAUACGAGGAGAUUACAAUAAAGGAGGAGAAUCUCAGUCCGUUUGAAGAACUUUAA